CUGCCCCCAGCCGGGCCAGAGCGAGGGGAUGAAAGGCGGCCCUAAGACCUCUAGUCAAGCCUCGUCCCGCCCGGAUUUCGGAAAGCGGCCCCAGCCAGGGGUGUCCCGCCACGCGGCCGCCCGAACGCGGGAGGCAGGGGGCAGCGUCACCCCUCGCUGUUGCCCCCGCAGGACGCACACUCGGGCUGGCACUGUCCCAUCCCAUCGUGACGCCCCGCCCCGAGUCCUGGGAUCAGAAUCUCGAGUCCCUUCUAGCAUCUUCCCCUCCUUCCGCUGGGCCUUUGGUAUGCCCCAGGGGACAGAUGUCUUGGGAUCUUUAACAUUUGGGAUGCUGCAAAUGCCGAAGUUAAAUGAAAUACCUCCGGGGAGGGGAGGCCCGGGAGAUCCACGGGGAGAGGGAAGAUGGGCGGGACCAACUGGUCCUGAAGCUGCGCGGAGGGCGCGGGGGGCGCCGGGGCAGGCGCGGGGCGCCGGAGCUCGCUGGGACAGCUGGGAAAGCUCCAGGCAGCCUACACGUCCUGGGCCAGGCUGGGACCAGCACAGCCCCUUCUUCCUCUGUGCCCCCUCCCCCCAGAAAUUCAUCAUGGAGAGUAAGGAUGAGGUCAGUGAUACUGACAGUGGCAUCAUCCUGCAGUCUGGUCCAGACAGCCCUGUUUCACCGAUGAAGGAGCUGACCAGUGCUGUGCGCAAUCAGCAGAGGUCCCUGGAAGCCAGGCUGGAGGCCUGCUUGGAGGAACUGCGCAGACUCUGCCUGAGGGAGGCGGAGCUGACUGGUACUUUGCCUGCAGAGUAUCCCCUUAAGCCAGGCGAGAAAGCGCCCAAGGUCCGGCGCAGGAUUGGAGCAGCGUACAAGCUGGAUGAGUGGGCCCUGCACAGAGAGGACCCCCUGAGCAGCCUCGAGCGCCAGCUGGCCCUGCAGCUUCAGAUCACCGAGGCGGCUCGCAGGUUGUGCGCGGAGGAGAACCUCAGCAGACAGGCGCGCAGGCAGCGGAAGCAUGCAGCGCUGCAGGAGGAAAACAAGCUGAGGGAGCUUGAGCGCUGCCUGGGCGAUCGGCGGCGGAAGAGCGAGCCCCCUCCCGUCACUGUCCCCAGCAGCAUGGGCAGAGAGCUCAGUGCCUCUGAUGACAGCUCCCUGUCUGAUGGGCUACUCCUGGAGGAAGAAGAUUCCAAAGCACCAAAACCUCCCCCAGAGUCCCCGGCGGCGGCGCCACAGGCACCACCUUCGCGGCCUCUCCCACCCCAGAGCCUUGAGGGCCUACAGCCAACAGGGCCUGAGUCUGGCGGCCUGGAACGCGCCCCUAUCCAAAACAGUCCGUGGAAGGAGACCAGCCUGGACCACCCCUAUGAGAAGCCCAGGAAGUCUUCUGAACUCAGUAGCGAGUCCAGCAGCCCGGCCACCACGCCUCAGGAUCAGCCCAGCGCCUCUAGCCUGUGGCUGCUGGAUCCUGCCACCUCCUACCACGCCGUCCCCAUCCGGAAUGUUCCUAGCCAGCGGCAGGGCCGCACCAGUGCUCCGGCUACCCCUGAGAUGCAGGGCAGAAGGGGCCAGUCGCAGUCCCUGAGAGUGGACUCCUUCCGAACGGGCGCGGAGGGCCGCGGUCGCAGCGCCUUUCCGCGCCGCCGUCCCACCCAUUACACGGUGACCGUGCCGGACUCCUGCUUCACACCCAGCAAGCCCCCGCUGCCACACCCUGCCUACCGCUCUUGCUCUGAAGACAGCGGCUCUGAUGUCUCCAGCAUCUCCCACCCCACCUCGCCGGGGAGCAGCAGCCCAGACAUCUCCUUUCUGCGUCCCCUCUGUCCUCCGGAGCCACCUCGCCAUCGUGGCGCCUGGGGCCCAGCCUGUGGCAGAGAGCUGGCCACUCACUACCCUAAACUUCUGCUGCCCGCUGGAUACUUCCCAACGGGGCGCUAUGUGAUGGUGGCCGAGGGCCACCUGCCACCCGGCGAGUGGGAGCUGUGCCGAGCAGCCUACGACGAGGAGGGUGCGCCCCUGCGCUACCAGCGGCUGGUGCCCUCGCACAGCCGCAUCGUGCGCACUCCCUCGCUCAAGGACAGCCCUGCGGGCAGGGCACUCAGCAAGGCAGCCGUCUCCGAGGAGCUCAAGUGGUGGCACGAGCGGGCACGUCUCCGGAGCAGCCGCCCCCACUCACUGGACCGCCAAGGAGCUUUCCGUGUUAGGAGCCUGCCUCCCGGGAGGGAGAGCUUCGGCCGGGUCCCGGGACCCAGGACACAGGUGCCCCCAGUGUGUGUACUCCGGAGGUCACCAGACGGGGUUCCCGUGCAAGUCUUUCUGCCCGAGAAUGGAGAGAUUAUCAGCCAGGUGUAACGACUCUGAAAGCCUUGGCCGUGGCUGGAAAAAGACUUUUCUAUUGGAGCUGGGGCUG